ACGUCAUGAGACGGGUGUUUGACGGGAUGGCUGCGGCAGCGCCGGGACUACGGACUGGAAAUAUGACCGACAAUGACCUCGACCGCGGCGUGUAUUAGAGUUUCACUCUUCUCGCUUCGGAUUGGACACAUGUAAACAAACGGUUUCAUUAUUGUUGUUAAUUAUUGUUGCUUUAAGGUUAAGCCAGUGCGUUCGGUGUAGGUCAUUAGCCACGAGCCUGCGAGACACCCAGCGCGUCUGUUUAUGGUUUAAGGUUCGUGCAUUAAAGUAUGGAUAAGGCCAAAUCAAUGAUGGACCAGAAAGGAUCGAGUCCGUGUUACACAAACGGUGUGCACAAGCAGAUCCGACGGCAGCUGAGCAACGGGAGCUGUGGCCCGUUCAGUCCGACGGAGGGUAAUUACCACCACCAUCAGCAGCAGCACGACCCUCAAACCAACGGAUCCCCGGCGAAAAGGUGUCGGCUGUGGAGGCGAGUGGAGUCGGCGAGGAAAAACAGAACGCCCUUUCCAUGGUUUGGGAUGGAUAUUGGUGGUACUUUAGUAAAGCUUGUUUACUUUGAGCCAAAAGACAUCACAGCAGAGGAGGAGCAGGAGGAGGUGGAGAACCUGAAGAGCAUACGCUGGUAUCUUACCUCCAACACAGCCUAUGGCAAAACCGGUAUCCGUGAUGUGCACCUGGAGAUUCGCAACCUGACCAUCUGCGGUCGCACGGGAAACCUGCACUUUAUCCGCUUCCCCACCGCUGCCAUGCACAGAUUCAUCCAGAUGGGUAGAGAUAAGCACUUCUCCAGCCUGCACACCACGCUCUGUGCCACCGGGGGCGGGGCAUACAAGUUUGAGAAUGACUUCAGAACGAUGGCAGACCUAGAGUUACUGAAGCUGGAUGAGUUGGACUGCCUGAUUCAGGGGCUGCUGUACAUAGACUCUGUGGGUUUUAACGGUCAUCCUGAGUGCUAUUUCUUCGAGAACCCCUCCGACACAGAGCACUGCACCAAGAGACCCUGUUGUCUUGAAAACCCAUUCCCCAUGUUGCUGGUCAACAUUGGCUCGGGCGUCAGCAUUCUGGCAGUGUACUCCAAGGACAACUACAAACGUGUUACCGGGACAAGUUUGGGCGGAGGGACAUUUUUGGGGCUGUGUUGUCUUUUGACGGGUUGCGAGACUUUCGAAGAGGCCCUUGAGAUGGCCAGUAAGGGUGACAGCACCAACGUGGACAAACUGGUAAAGGACAUCUAUGGAGGAGACUACCAGCGCUUCGGGCUGCAGGGGUCAGCGGUGGCUUCAAGUUUUGGUCACAUGAUGAGCAAAGAGAAAAGGGACAGUAUUUCUAAAGAGGACCUGGCCAGAGCAACACUCAUCACCAUCACCAACAAUAUCGGCUCCAUCGCACGCAUGUGUGCUGUCAAUGAGAAAAUCGAACGGGUUGUUUUUGUGGGGAACUUUCUUCGUAUAAACACAGUGUCAACAAAGCUUCUUGCCUAUGCUAUGGACUUUUGGUCCAAGGGCCAGCUGAGGGCCCUCUUCCUGGAACAUGAGGGAUACUUUGGAGCUGUUGGUGCUUUUCUUGAACUGCUGAAGUCAUCUGAAGAUGCAUAAAGGGAAGAAAUCAUCACCUCUGUUUUAUUAUCCAGAAGCUGCUUUAAGACUUCCACACUGAAGAGCCAACAAGAAAACUGGAAUACUGGGAACACUGGGACAUCUGAAAGAAGAAAUUAUAGUAAUUAACUUGUAAAUAACCCUUAAAUCAUAUUUUUAUGUCUAACAUAGUCUCCUUCAGUCUGACGACUCUAACAGAAGCUUUUUGUGAAUUUGUUUUCCUGAUGUUGUUUUCCUUUUCUACUGUUUGUAAAUAUCUCAAUGUGUAGUGAAUAGGGAGAGUUUAUUGAUGGCCAAAUCCUGCUGUGUUAAACAUCCAUUGUUCCUGACUUGCCACCAGGUGAGGGUGGCACUUCUGUUGAAUUUUUACAAUCUCUAGGCCCUUUUAGAUAUUUAAACUACUGGUCACAGCCCAAAUAUGUGUAAAACACUAUUCUAGUUCUGAUUUAAGCCUCAGGUCCUGUUACGUCUGGAUACUGAUCUCCUUCUUUCACUCUUCCUCUUCAUUACAGUUAAAAGUUGUCAUGCAUUUGUGUAUGAUUAUAAUUUUAAAUGGGAAUAGGUUUGUUAUUUUGAAAAAUAUAUAUAUUUACGAUGAUUCACCUGAAGCCUUUAAUUUUAAUAGGAUAAGCUUCAGAAAGCUCAGUGUGUCUCUCUUUAAGCUUUGAAAAGGAAUUCUGUUGGAAAAAGUUCCCUUAAAAUCCCACAUGGGAUAGGACUACAUAUGAAGCACACAGCACAUACAGAGAUAGAUAAGCACUGAUUUUUCUUUUCAGAGUAUCCUUUUUUCAUUCUGCCUUCUCCUUUAUUUCAGUGUCUUUACUAUUCUAUCCAAACCAAAUCAAAUCUACUUCACAAUCAUAUGUAAACUAGAAUGAUCGCAGUUAUAUACACAUACCUCCUCUUUGUUUGCCUUCCUCCUGUCUAUUGUUUAAACGAGUCUGUUCUACUAAAUAAGAGAAUUAACAGUUGGCUGCAAUUAUUCUUAUCUCCACUUUAUACACCAAUUUAAUAUAAAAUAUUUCCAUCGUAGUGCCAAACAAACCUUUGCCAGGCCAUGCGCCACAGUCAUUAAGACAACUUAUUAGUCUUACAGAAAGUUGCCUUGCAUUAGGGUAUUAUUAGAUGAAACAUUGUAAUGCCAUUUAAAAAUAACUAGUUAAAUUUGUUGUUCAGUCCUCUCUGUUGUCUGCAAUGCCUAUUCUUUUAUAUCACUCUUUUUCUUUUAAUACUUUCUUAAUAUUUUGUCCAGUGUUCUUUUUAUUAUUAAUAAUUAGUUUAGCUUUGUAAGGUGACUUCUCAGAAAAAUCUAAAUUAGAUUUUGGGGACCUCACAUGUCACCUAACAAUUUUGUUAGCUAGACUAUAAAAUACCUAUCAGCUUUGCUUUUGAUUGUAUUUUCAACUUUUUCUGUGUGCACAUUUUUUCAACUUUCUAUAAGGUUGGUUGGCCUUAUACUUAGCAUUAUAUUAGUAAACAACAUAUUUGGGUACACAAUUUGGCUGCAAUAAACUAGGUUUUUUUGAUAAAUGUUUUGAUAAACUUGUUAACCUUUUAUUGUUAAAAGGAGACGAUAUUAAUCCUCAUGUUUCCCCAAACACAUUUGGUUGGGCCCUUUUGUUUUGUAAAUUAAUUAGAAUACCAAUAUGACUGCAGUAUGCUGUAUAGAUGAUUGAUAUUCAUGGAGAUCAAUGGUAUUAUUGACAAGUUGUUUAGAAAGCUUCAAAUUAACUAUUCAUGCCAGUGUAAUUGCAUUGCACAGAAUUCUAUGCUAUACCCAAACAAAAACUUUAACCAACUUUUUGUAUUAUUUGUUUUACAAAUAAGGGUGAGGCCCUCCUAGAGAUUGUUGUAAAACCAUGCCACUGAACUGAAAGUUUAAAAGUUGUAUUUGUGUAAAUUAUAAAAAGGUUGUGCUAACACAGCUAACCGACCGUCAGAGAAAAUAGGGAGAUAUUGGGUAUUGAUUCGCUGAAUUGUGUUCCUCUGAAGGGUGGCUGAACUUCACACCUCUGGCAAUGCAGUAAAGUCACUCACUCAAUGUUGUUUGCAGAAUAAAUUUGGAUGAGGGAAACUAGCUGUUCACGUCCAGUCUCUGCUACUCCUGUCAGUUCAUACUGUUAUGCAGAAUGAAAGUUCUUUUGGAACUUUUGUUUCUUUCUCUUUCUCUCUGAUUUGCUUGUUUGACACUAAUGGAUAUUUUGUGUGCUAUUGUUUGAGACUGUACAAACAUGUAAAUAUUCCAGUCUUUGUUUUCACCUCUCAAGUCAUUGAAGACACUGUAUAUAACCUUGUGGAAAAGGAGAGAGGCUCAAUAAUGUCUGUGUGAUUCACUAGGUUUAAUGGAUGCUAUUAUGUAUAGAUUCAAGAAAGAAUUUUGAAUAAUAAAAAUGA